AUGGAGCACGUACACGAAAUGGAGCGGCUCCAGUGUCAGUUAGUGGAAACUGAAAGUCGUCUUGCGAGUGUGGAGGGGGAACGCUUGGGUUUCAUGAAAGAGCUUGAGGCAUUGCAUCAGGAACAGUUGAUCGCAAAGGAACACAAACAAAAUGACGACUUCCUGGAGCAGCUUUCGGGCCAAGAGAAAAUAGGUGAUACUGCUGUGGCAGCGGCUCCUUGUACAGAUCAGUCCACCAUGUUGGACCUUCAAAGGCUCGUCGAUAUUUCUGCCUUGAUGAGUUCUGAACGUGAGGAACGACUGUUGAUAGAGCUGGAUGAGCAAAGGGGCGUAAAUGCUUUUUACGUCUUGUUUGUAGACUUACAAGCUAGUCUUGAAGUGGCUCAACAAGUGGCGCUGGAUGCUGAGUCGCAUGUGGAUGCCUUGACUAAGCAGCUAUGGGAGCGGGAAAGGGAGUGCCAAAGCGAUGCGGCGGUACCGGUUAGUGGAGAGGUCAGAAACUUUGACGGGACGCCACCGGGCUCCAGUGUUGGGUUGAUGACAUCGACAAUGGUGCUAGACCUGUCACAGUUGCAAGCACAAGUAAAAUCUCUUGAGGAAAAGGCCACCUCCCUGCAGGCAUUAUUAGACGAUAUUGAAGGAGCUCCUGUCGGAGCUCAAGUGGGAUCCGGUGAAUGUGCCUCACACGACGUGUGUGCUCCAAUCGUUGAUGAUGCGGAGAAAUAUGACCACGACGACCCUUCCAUACUACACAAAGAACUUCUCAGGGCUAUACAGUGUCUUACAAGUCUGGGUCUGCAGAUCGAUUUGUUGCACGACAGGCUUCAGCGCAAUAGCGCAUUAACUGAUGCUCAAGCCAAGCUGCCUUGUGAAGUGUGUACUGUUGGGGAGCUGCAGGACCAGCUGCCGCUUCUUAGCCCAUCGGCCGAGGCGGGGCACGUGGAGUUACCACCGCGGCUUCCCCCGAUCUCAGUGCAAUGGCUGGAGCUUGAUCCAGUAGUUUUAGGCGAAGAUUCCAAUGCAGAUGGAGAUGUCGCGAUGGCUACCUACCUGACGCCGCCACUACCAUCCUCGUGGUGGAAUCUAGACGAGGUGGUCGCUGCGCUCACGCAGCCUUCUCGCCCUGACGAGGAACCCUCGCAGCUGGAGGCGUCGGGGGAUCCGCUCUAUCGCGUGGGGCUGAACCUGGCGCAGGCCCUUGGCCUGGCUCCGCCCGGAACCCCCUCCUUCGCCCUCUGGGAUCGUUUUCUCUUGCAGCUGCAGAAUGUAUACCGGGUGCAGCAACAAACCAGCCCGCUCUACUGCUCAGAUAAACAGGCGGCCAACGCAUCGCGUUUGUUCGGUGCGCUAGUGCUCCAAUCCGGUGUUUUGGAACGCACGGGAACGACUUUCGGUGAGAAGUGGGUUGCCGCAGUGGCGGGCCUCUCUCAGCUGCUCGGCCGCCCCGUCAAUUACGAGGGGGAAGCCAAUCUACGCGAUGAGUCGUUAUGCCGGUGGGGCUUUGUGAAGCAAUUGAUUCAACAUGUCGAGAGUAGUAUAUGUCACUCUCAAAAUCUGCAUGAAGGUACACUGAUGUCCUUUGUGCCUCAUAGUGAGGGCCAUGAUCCCAUAGCUAUGGUUCAUCACUUGCUUUGCGGUGAAUCAGUGGAGUUUCAGCAAGCCUUUAUGAUUUCGUGCGGCGCUCAGUUGAAAGAUGCGGAGGCGAAUGGACUCUCCACUGUGGACUUCAUUUCUGUUGUAUCCUUGCUUGAACUCUUUUUAAUGCUUUCUCAAGAGGUGAGCUUUUUUGAUCAUACCACUGCCAUGGAGAGUUCCUUAGUUGCAUGUGAGCGAACUUUGAUGGGGAAUGAUGAGAGCCAAACCGUGGUGUCCUCUGCGAGGCGCUUGCUAAGCCACCUCGAUGGCCGUGUGCUUCCCCUCUUACUAUUGGUUUCUCGUAUCCUUUCGCAGUCAUCGAGCUAUUGCUUGGUCCAGGCACUUUUGACCACUCGAAACCGUUUGCUUGAUCAAUUACUCGAUGAGGAAAAAGAGUUUUACUCAUCCCCUUCUAUAGGCUACUUCACGGCGAACUCGAUGGUUAUGGAGACGUUUGUGGAUCACAUCUUGUCUGCGGAGGCACCUAUCCCUAAGAACACGAUGCCUCUUUCCAUGGUUGCGAAUGAAGUCUCUGAACAGGAAAUACUGCAGCUGUACAAGGAUAACGUUGUGUAUCGAGAACAUUUGGAGGCGCUAUUAUGUAGCAUAGAAAACAAAAAAAAUGGGAGCCCCGGAAACGGUCUUGCCUAGUUCCCUUUGUCCAGUGCGUAUUGAAUGGGUAUAGGAGAUGCAUUUUCAUCGUGCAUGUAGACCUUCAGUGUUGGAUUUUCUAAAACUAAAUUUGUCUUGAUUCCUUUUCUUUAGUGCAGGUCUUCAUCGACUCUUAAUAAGAGUCUGUGCUUUCCUCUAAUAUCUUUGCCCUUGUUACCAUUAAUAAUGACUUUGUAUUGUAUUCAAGAAUAGAGUUAGGACUAUCGCAGGCUUGGAUAUCCAAGGAGCUCGAGGAGGCUGAAAUGCUCCUCAAGACCCCUCUCACAGCAUUUUUGCUACCCUUUGAACUAAUUUUUAUAAUAAGUCAUUCUAAUCCACCCAAUUUAUAAAUUUUGAAGUAGGAUGGAUAUGGAUUUAUGAGUUCUCCUCAUAUUUGUAAUUUUAUACGUUCCUGAUAAACUAGUGUUUUUCACAAGUUGACUAAGGUUUGCCAUUGCGACCUAUCAUGUUUCAGGUGAAGUGCCUUCAAAAAUCCACAAUACCACCCCACAUCAAUACUCUCUAUACUGAUCAGAGGGGUGUGUGCGAUUAAAAUUCAUCUCACCGUGAACGUCCUGGGCGUCGCUCAAUGUGUCUGAUUCUAAAGCCAAUAAUUAUAGUUGUACAAGCCGUAUGUGUAACGUCAAGGUAUCCUCUGUGUGCGUACUUUUGCUGAUGUGCGCCGUCCCCUAGCCGUUGAACUCAUCGAUUGCUUGUGGAAAGUGAGGUUAGUUUUGCGUACGGUAAGCAUCCGAACAAGUUUAUAAGCCUACAUUAUUAAGGGGAGAAAUGAGUAAUAUAUACAUAGAAAUUGAUUUUUAUUAUUUUAUCGUUCUAAUUUCUUUCAGCAAGCCUUCCAGCUUUGUAUACAUUGAUUUUUUCACUUGCGUUGUUGUUGUUAGACUGUUGCUGACUGUGCCCAUAUAAAGGUGGCGUCUCCCAUAUUAAAA